UUUCUACUUCGCAUGUUCCAAAGUGGCAAGGGCAGGUAACGAUCCCUGCUGGAAGGUAUUUCCCCUCCAAAAUUGGGUGCAGAGUGACAACCGUCCGUCCUACCUACCCCGGCACAGACUGGAGUUGCAGCGCCAACCCGAAGAUGCGGUGAGCGGUGAGCUGGCCAGCCAAUCAGCGGCGGGCUCACCAGAAGCCGGCGUUGUUCCCAGCGCGCGGACUAAUGUAGUUCCGCCUCCGACCGCCGUGGCAGCAACCCCCGGCCCGUGCAGUUCCUGGCUGCACCAACGGGACCGCCUCAUUUUUUCUGCUUUUUCCUCUCUCCUCUCCCGCUUCUUCUUUUCUUCCUCUUCCUCUCUUCGCAACCACCUCUGCCCCCCCCAACCACACCACCCAUUGCAUCCCCUAAGUUUAAAGAAGAAUACCGGCAAUCACUCUUACUACAAAUAUCGUCGAGGAAUCAAGCCAAAUGGCUGUCGCUGGGCUGUAAAUCCCUCACUGGGAGGCAUGGCCCCGCCCGCCAUUGCUCUCCCAGUCCAGGAAGCUCAACGAGUACAUUUCAAUCGACUUGACGAUAUUUUGAUACUCUUUCGACGGUUACUCCGUACGUCGAAAUUGCCCCCAGUACCAGCUUAGAGCAAACACUUCAACGUCCGUCGAGGGUGGAGGUGUUUUGUAGACUACCACCCGCCUGCUGUUGCUUUCUCUCUCUCUCUCUCUCUCUCUCCUCUCUCUACCUUUCUCCCCCCACCCCCACCCCCCGCCACUCUCGUCCUACCUACGAAAAUAGAAGAACGACCACCUCUUGUUACUUCUCCUCCUCUGCGGUUACAUGCUAUAUACGGAUUAUAUUUUGUCGGGGUGAAAGUUCUUUCACAUCUUUACUAUAUCCUACGGUUUUUAUCCACCCGGCCAUUCGCACCUAACUUGCAAUUAAUAAACCCGCUUCCGAUUUCUCUAAAAUAAUCUACCUUUACCCUAGAACACCACUAAUUUGAGACUGCAAUUGGAGUCCCAUCUGCUGCUAUGUCUCUUUCCAACAUUGCGAAGUCGAGGCGUUCGCCCGGAAGGAAUUCGCAUCUCGUGGGAAAGCGCAGCGCGCCCUCACUCAGCGAUAGCGAUUCAUAUGCCUCCAUCCCGACACUUCUUGGGCCCAAUAUCCCGAAAAAACCGUCUAUUCGCCGUCUCAAUAAACACAAAUUCGUCAAUUCGGGCUAUGGAAACAAUAGAAAGAGAAAGCCAUCUGCUGCUCUGAGUGAGGUUUCCUUCUCAGACAGCGAUGUCGAUAACGAUGAUGAUGAAGACGAAGAUAACGAAGAUGCCGUCGAUGAUGAUAGUGAACAAUCCGAAGUUUAUGCCCCGUCUUAUGGCCGGAAGCCAGGGAGAAACCGUAAGACGGGGCGCCGGGGUGGUUUGUCACUCCUCAAGGACCGAAAACGGGUGAAGCUCCAGCAUUCUGACUAUGAGAGCUGCGCCGAAAAUAGCUCCGUCAGUUCUGCUAGUCCUCUCAGCUCGGUUAAAUCAAUCGACUUGGAUUCAGAUGACGGAUACGAAGCUGUAAAUGAUGUUAGCGAUGCAGACGAUGAAGAGCAGGAGAUUGAGCUGAUGGAAGAAGAGUUAAUCCUGGAUUCGGAGUACGAGCGUGACUUGGAAACGGUCACGUCUGCACUUCCCUCUGGAAUUCCAGAUGAAUGGCUAGGGUUGGACGAUCUUGAAAACCGUCCGCUUUACUCUACUGGUUCCUUCUUUGAAGAUGACCAGUUAUUCUUACAAUCGGGCAAUAUUGAGGCUGUCGAUGAUCAUGUAUUGACUAGCGCAACAGUCGAUGUAGCUGCGCGACGCGUUCAUUUUGCAGAAUCAGAUGAUUCGUCGGACUCUGAUAAAACCACUGAUGAUGAGCUCACGUCCGAUUUCCUGCAACAAGAUGCUCUAGAUCCAGACCUACGACGGAUGAUCGAGAAUGAUUCCGAACCACUUCGUCGUCCACUCUCCAGUGAGUUCCUGGUUUCACAAGAUUUCUAUGACCUUCCAGGCAAUAUCUAUCACGUGGAAACAGAGUCCUCUGUGGCAAGUUCCAGUGGUUAUGAGUCGGAUUGUGGUGAAACGACCGACGAAGAUUUACCUCCCCCAGCAACUAUUACACACCCUCGAUCCAUCUUACGUCGCGACUCGAGCGCAUCAUUGCCUCCCUUUAUGGAAGAAUCUACCCAGCGCUCACAACCACUACGACGGCGUGGACCUCUUAGGGGCACUUUCGUUGCUGAUCCCCAUAAGCCAGUAGCUGUUGUGGCCCCCAAUGGCGCUCAGUUAAUCCUCAUUCCCCCGUAUUCAACUUCUAGACACGACUGGCUUGAAUCUGCUACUCAGAGCCUAUGCAACACCGCCAACAAUAGCCCCCGACCAACCGCUGCCACUCUUGCUGAUGACAGUGACACCGACGCUCUAGUGUCGCCAAUGCAGCCCAACAACCUAAGCCCAAUGCUCUCCUCUAACGCCAAUCUCAUGAUCACCGCUCUGGGCAGCGAUUCCGUUGGUCAAAUAACCGGUCCACCUGAGGCCUUCUAUCCCUCCAACGGGCUGCUCAGCUUCGACGAGGAAGACGAAGACGAUGAUAGUGAAGGAGUCCUCAACGUAAAUGACUUUAUUGACUUUGGAAACGGUUCUUCGGACGAAGAAGACCUGGACAAAGCCUUCGACGCCGCUGAGGACCUCGCCUCAGCGGUUGGAGCUGGCUCGCCGUCAUUAACCAUGAACAAUAUUUCAAUGACGACAACAACAGACUUCGUCUCUCCGGUCAAUAACAAUAGCGCAGAGCGCCUCUUAAACCACCUCGACAGGGGUAUCGUGACUGCGUUCCGCCGCAACCACUCUCGCUACCAAGCUCUGAUCCGACUGCCCCAGCACCGCGAGUUCGUACCAGCCAACUCACCCUCCCGACCCGCCAGCGUCUUCAGACGCAGUAAAUAUAUCGAUAACAAAACUCCAACGCGAAGGCGGACGGGAGUAACAUAUACUGGCGGCGAGGCGGUUCGUCGUAAGCUAGUUGAGUCGCACCGCAGCAAUUCAAUCUCUUUCUAAAGAAAGGACCUUGCCUCCUUUCCCCCUCCCCCCUCCGAGCCGAUUGCGUCUCUAACGAAAGCUUAAUUUGUGUAACCUUCAUUUUUCUUGGUGGGGGACUAACUCUUUUCACUUCAUACCUACUCUUUUUUGUCUCGCCUCGUCUUAACAUUAUCUACUGCCUUGAUACCGUUUGUGGAUAUUUGUGUGGAAAUGUCUUUCACCCCCUCAACUUUCUAUAUGACCUAAUUACCAAAUGAAAUAACGUUUUUCCUUUCCCGUUUCCCGUUUUCGUUUUCUUUUCUCUUUUUCCUUUUUUGUUUCCCUCCGUCGCUGAAAGUGCGCAAAUUUACUUCAACUCUUGUUUCGAGAUAAAUGAUGAUUUAUUUAGCCACAAAAGCUGAAGCGCCCUUAAGUUUUUUAUAUGAGUUUUGUUUUCUCUUGAUUGAUCUUGAUUAUCAAAAAGGAUUCUUUUCUGUGUGCCAUGACGUAAGGAAGCUGAAGCUAUUUGCUUAACCCUAUUAGUGUCCAAUAUAAUGACAGUUGAAUACAAAAAUGGAAAGGAUAAAAUGGAGUCUAUUAAAAAGUGAAAGUAUAGUGUAGAAGUUUCCCUCUUUUUUCGUUAUCAUCCCCCCCUCCUCCCCCUUCUACCUUCUCUUCACUCUUCAAUAGCAAAAGCCCAAUUGCCCUCUAAUAUACUAGCACCAAGAGGGGGAGACCAAAAGUAUUUCCGACCCAUUCACGAUGAGAUAUAAUUAAGGAGAAGAGGGGAGAAAGGAGCAGAAUUAAACAAAGUCC